UUUCAGAUUAUCUUUGCAACAAUUGUAGCCGUGUGUAACUGUGCAAAGUUAGACAACACAUAUUUGCCACCACCCGAUGCACAGAACUCAGGCGGAAACGGUUUAGCGCCGCCAAAUCAAAGUAAUGGAAAUGGUAACAAUGGAUUCAAUGGUAACAACGGUAACGGUAAUGGAUUCGGUCAACAAAAUCCACAGCAAGGCUUCGGUGGUAAUCAGCCACAAGAAUCACAACAGCCACCAAUCGCUAUUCUAUCCUAUGAAAAUGAACCAAACUACGGUGACGGUAGCUACAAAUACUCUUAUGAAACGGAAAACGGUAUCAAAGCCGAGGAGCAGGGCGAAGUGAAGAACAAAGGCACUGAUAAUGAAAUCCAAUCGGUUCGCGGUUCGUACAGUUACACUGGACCAGACGGUGUCUUGUAUACCGUAACAUAUAUAGCCGACGAAAAUGCCAAUUGCACCAAACCGAUUAAACCGGCUUUUAUAAUAAGAGAAAUUACGCAGGUUUUUACCUUUUUGUUUGUUUGUUUGAAAUUCUUUUUUCAGGGUGCACACAUCCCAACUCCAUCACCAGCUAUUCAACAAGCUAUCGCUGAACAACAGGCUGCUGCUGCUGCAAAUGGACAAAACGGCAACGGCAACGGCAAUGGAAACAAUGGCAACGGAUUCCAACCUCAAAAUGAUUUCGCUUCAAAUGGUAACAAUGGCAACGGCAACGGCAAUGGAUACAACUACCAACAACCCCAAAAUGAUUUCCAGCCAAGCAACGGCAACGGUAACGGCAACGGCAACGGCAACGGCAACGGAAACGGAAACAACGGGUUCAACGGCUACCCAAGCAAUCGGCCACAAAAUGACUUCCAACCAGCUCCAUCGUACAACAACCCAAAUAAUCAAUACAUACCACCACAGGCCGAUGCACCUCAACCACAACCUCAACGACCCAAUAACGCAUACAUUCCACCAGCCCAAAAUCAAAAUCGCCCAAAUGGCAAUGGAAACGGCAAUUUCAACCCACAAAACGGAUAUAGAUACUAGGGCGGUCUAAGAUCUAGCUCAAUCUCAAUCCCAACAACAUCAACAAUAACAAACAAUAUCAAUCAAGUGCUAAGCACGGUCGAUAAAAGAAGAACAAAACAAAAUAUGACGACGCAAACUACUCCCAUUCUACGAUCCUCCUCUACUCCGAUUUCGUUACCAUAAACUAAGUUACCCUUUCAGAUGGCUUCUUCAUUACUUUUUUUUUCGUCUUUCAUCCCUAUCAUAAUUAAGCGAUUAUUGCCAGUAAAUUUAUGUUUUAGCUAUAAAAAAAAUAAGCAAAUUCAAGUGAAGCGACAAAGAAAAAAACCAAUUGUUCGAGCAAAAAGAAAAGUACACUGAUAAAAUACUCAUUCAAAUUCAUUCAAAUUAUUUCGCCGGCGGACGGUUUAUUUUAAUUUUUAUUGAGUGAUCAUUGAAAUAGGAAUAUGGGCAUUUUGUUUGUACAUAUAUUCAAUCCGAAUUCACAAUCCACCAACAUAUCAAUACAAAUUGUCAGCAGAACCAAUUCAAACAUAUCAUUUUUAUUUCAAAAAAGUGUAAUUAUGUUAUUGACUAAUCAUCAUAAUUGAACAAAAAAUAACAUACAUACGGAGCUUUGCUACCAUGAACAAAGAAAAAAAUAAACAUUUGUAUUUAAUUCAAGUAUAGUAUGUUGAAUAAACGAAUCGAAAAUGUACAACAACAAAAAACACA